GUGAAACUGUUUGACUUCCUGUUCCACAAGUCUGGACCAAUGGAGGGCCAGCCCCGAGGAUACUGCUUCGUUAACUUCCACACCAAAGAGGUACAACACCAAACCAACCAUUUCACAUCUUUCAGUUCCAAGAAAAGAUAGUCUCUACUUCAUAUAAAUGUGCAUUUGGCAAUUAGCUCACAAACGUGAAAGGUAAGGGUAAGUCAAAAGCUAUAGACACCAUAGACAAGAGGUACAGUAUAGCCGACCAUUUCCCAUCUCUCCCCAUGAAGAUAUUGUCUCAAACCUAAUAGGGCUCUUCAGGGCUCCACCAAUGGUAAGAUGAAGAUCGCUUGUUCACUAUUACUGUCUCAAGUGUGAUGGGACUCAGUCCCCAGGGUGUUUCUCAGAGGAACUGUAUGUUUAUUUUUUUAAAUAAUUUUUUUAUUUCACCUUUAUUUAACCAGGUAAGCCAGUUGAGAACAAGUUCUCAUUUACAACUGCGACCUGGCCAAGAUAAAGCAAAGCCGUGCGAUUUAAAAACAGCAACACAGAGUUACAUAUGGGGUAAACAAAGCAUAAAGUCAAAAAUACAACAGAAAAUAUAUAUACAGUGUGUGCGAAUGUAGUACGUUAUGGAGGUAAGGCAAUAAAUAGGCCAUAGUGCAAAAUAGUUACAAUUUCGUAUUAACACUGGAAUGAUAGAUGUGCAAAAGAUGAUGUGCAAAUAGAGAUACUAGGGUGCAAAUUAGCAAAAUAAAUAACAAUAUGGGGAUGAGGUAGUUGGGUGGGCUAAUUUCAGAAUGGCUGUGUACAGGUGCAGUGAUCGGUAAGCUGCUCUGACAACUGACGCUUAAAGUUAGUGAGGGAGAUAAGAGUCUCCAGCUUCAGAGAUUUUUGCAGUUCGUUCCAGUCAUUGGCAGCAGAGAACUGGAAGGAAUGGCGGCCAAAGGAGGUGUUGGCUUUGGGGAUGACCAGUGAGAUAUACCUGCUGGAGCGCAGACUACGGGUGGGUGUUGCUAUGGUGACCACUGAGCUAAGGUAAGAUGGGGAUUUGCCUAGCAGUGAUUUAUAGAUGACCUGGAGCCAGUGGGUUUGGUAUUAGCUUCACACACACACACACACAUCAUCAGCCAUUAUUGUCUCUGUUGUCAUCACUCUAUGAAAGGGAAUAAUGAUAUAAUGAUUUGUGUAAGAGGUCUUGGAUAAGAGUGUCUGCUAAAUGACUACAAUGUAAUGUAAUGACUCCCGAGUGGCGCAGUGGUCUAAGGUACUGCAUCGCAGUGCUAGCUGUGCCACUAGCGAUCCUGGUUCGAGUCCAGGCUCUGUCGCAGCCGGCCACAACCGGGAGACCCAUGGGCGGCGCACAAUUGGUCCAGCGUCGUCCAAGGUAGGGGAGGGUUUGGCCAGCAGGGAUGUGGGUUUGUUUCCCACGGGGGGCCAGUAUGAAAAAAUUAAAAUAAAUAAAAACAUGUAUGCAUUCACUAACUGUAAGUCGCUCUGGAUAAGAGCGUCUACUAAAUGACUAAAAUGUAAAUGUAAUGAUACUGACCUAGUUUCUGAUGGUGAAAUUAUGAUUUUGAUGAGGAUCAAACACAUACACUUUUUCCAAUCUCCAGGAAGCAGGGAGGGUAAUCCAUUGUCUGAAUGGGAAGCUGGCCCUGUCCAAAAAGCUGGUGGUGCACUGGGCACACGCACAGGUAAAGGUAAGGGUCCCUGUGAAACCUCUGGCCUUUACACACACACACACACACACACACACACACACACACACACACACACACACACAGACAGACACACACAGACACACACACACACACACACACACACACACACACACACACACACACACACACACACACACACACACACACACACACACAGACACACACACACACACACACAGACACACACACACACACACACACACACACACACACACACACACACACAGCAGCAUGGCCUGUGAUUCAUUGUGGGUUCCUCUGUUAGGGUGCAAGGCUAGCCCAAUACAGGUCAUUAAGUUGUACAGAGUUAGCCUGUAUGUUAGCGUCCUGCAUGCAGCUGUGUGUUUGCCUUGUGGUGUGAGUGAGUGUUGUUGGGUACAGCACAAUGGCAGCAUGUAGUACAGUUCAUAAAUGGUCAUGGUAAGGGUGUAGGACAUGAACUGAAAGGCAGUAGUGUGGUACAGCAAGGCAGCAUUAGACUAUGAAAGGCAGUAGUGUAGGACAUUAGCUGAAAGGCAGUAGUGUAGGACAUUAGCUGAAAGCAGUAGUGUAGGACAUUAGCUGAAAGGCAGUAGUGUAGGACAUUAGCUGAAAGGCAGUAGUGUAGGACAUUAGCUGAAAGGCAGUAGUGUAGGACAUUAGCUGAAAGGCAGUAGUGUAGGACAUUAACUGAAAGGCAGUAGUGUAGGACAUUAGCUGAAAGGCAGUAGUGUAGGACAUUAGCUGAAAGGCAGUAGUGUAGGACAUUAGCUGAAAGGCAGUAGUGUAGGACAGGACAGUGGUCCAGCCAGCCGGUGUGUCUGUCCCUCUAGGCCGGGCCAGGGGAGAUCUCUUGGACUCCAGCAACACUGGUCUUUCCCUAACAAUAGGCAGCUGCCGUGUGGACUAAGGAAAUCCUGUAUAGGGCCGAAUCACACCCCUCCUGUGCACCCCCACCACCCCCCACCCCAGAGUGGAAAGGGACACCAAGCUCAGGUCAAGGUUAACAGUGCAGCCCUCCUUUGACAACAACAAGCAGCAGACAAGUCUGGGUCCGGACCCCCUCCCCCCUACACACACAUAAGAUAGAUAAAAAAUAGGAAAGUAACUGGGCUGUUGCCGUGUCUGACUCAUUGAGCCAUUCUGAUUAGAACAUUUCUAAUGUGAUGAUCAAGUAAUGGUCAUUCAAGGAUAUAGCCUAUUGAUUUGCAUGCAAUUGCUGUUCCUUGUGAUUGUCAUGAUCUAUCUGUGUCAUGUGAAGUCAAGUCACCUUGACCAAGGUCAUGGACUGGAGAUCCUCUUCUGCUUUGUCUUCAGCCUCUGGAUCAUUUAGUUUUUCCAUGACUUCGGAGGCUGAUUGCCUCAUCUCUGAGCCUGACCUCUGAACCCGUGUACUUACAGAGAAUGGAGGGAAGAGGCACUAAUCUAAAUAAUCUAAAGAGAGAAAUAUGAGACAGAUCAUACAUGCAGAAAAUAGACCUGUGGCGCUUGCCUAUCCGGAACGUAUAGGAUACAUUCUUAUAGAAAGCCUUGCCAAAUGGAGGGAAGGGAGUAUUUGUGGGUCAUGAUCAUAAAUGUAUGUCCAUUGUCUAUUAUGACUAGUGUGUUGUUAGGUAGUCUGGCGUGAGAAACAAUGAUGGGUGUGUGUUUACUUUCAAUGUAAUACUUAUUUCCAUGUUACGUUGAGGAAUAAAGGUUUUCAUUCAUCCAUUCAUCCAUCCAUUUAUUCAUCCAUCCAUUCAUUCAUACUGGAUCAGAAAGCAAACUUAUGCUUUUUGAAACCAGGACAUGGUGAUCAUGACAGUUAUUCAAAAUGCAUCCUAUUGAUCCUAACUGAUUACUGAACCUGCUCUGAUAUGAGUUGUUUCUGGUGUACUGAUGUGUGUUGUGGUUCUUCUUCUCUCCACAGGUUCACAUUGCAUCACUCACGUGGAGGUGGUUUUGAGAGGAAUGAAUGCACAGUUAUAUUGCUGUGCCGUUCAGCUUCCCCACAAUGCCUUUGGAUUUGUAACUCUCUCCUUCUCACAGUCACUCUCUCCUUCUCUCUAUAACUCCUUCCUUCUCACAGUCACUCUCCUUCUCUCUAUAACUCUCUCCUUCUCUCUAUAACUCAUUCUCACAGUCACUCUCUCCCUCUCUCUAUAACUCUCUCCUUCUCACAGUCACUCUCUCCCUCUCUCUAUAACUCCCUCCUUCUCACAGUCACUCUCUCCUUCUCUCUAUAACUCUCUCCUUCUCUCUAUAACUCUCCUUCUCACAGACACUCUCUCCUUCUCUCUAUAACUCAUUCUCACAGUCACUCUCUCCCUCUCUCUAUAACUCUCUCCUUCUCACAGUCACUCUCUCCCUCUCUCUAUAACUCUCUCCUUCUCACAGUCACUCUCUCUUUCUCUCUAUAACUCUCUCCUUCUCACAGUCACUCUCUCCCUCUUUCUAUAACUCUCUCCUUCUCACAGUCACUCUCUCCUUUUCUCAAUAACUCUCUCCUUCUCACAGUGACUCUCUCCUUCUCUCUAUAACUCUCUCCUUCUCACAGUCACUCUAGCCUUCUCUCUAUAACUCUCUCCUUCUCUCUAUAACUCUCCUUCUCACAGUCACUCUCACCUUCUCUCUAUAACUCUCUCCUUCUCUUAUAACUCAUUCUCACAGUCACUUCUCCCUCUCUACUUACUCUCUCCUUCUCAGUCACUCUCUCCCUCUCUCUAUAACUCUCUCCUUCUCACAGUCACUCUCUCCUUCUCUCUAUAACUCUCUCCUUCUCUCUAUAACUCUCUCCUUCUCACAGACACUCUCUCCUUCUCUCUAUAACUAAUUCUCACAGUCACUCUCUCCCUCUCUCUAUAACUCUCUCCUUCUCACAGUCACUCUCUCCCUCUCUCUAUAACUCUCUCCUUCUCACAGUCACUCUCUCCUUCUCUCUAUAACUCUCUCCUUCUCUCUAUAACUCUCUCCUUCUCACAGACACUCUCUCCUUCUCUCUAUAACUAAUUCUCACAGUCACUCUCUCCCUCUCUCUAUAACUCUCUCCUUCUCACAGUCACUCUCUCCCUCUCUCUAUAACUCUCUCCUUCUCACAGUCACUCUCUCCUUUUCUCAAUAACUCUCUCCUUCUCACAGUCACUCUCUCCUUCUCUCUAUAACUCUCUCCUUCUCAGUCACUCUCUCCUUCUCUCUUUUAACUCUCUCCUUCUCACAGUCACUCUCCUGCUCUCUCUAACUCUCCUUCUCAGUCCCUCUCUCCCUCUCUCUAUAACACUCUCCUUCUCACAGUCACAUUCUCCUUCUCACAGCCACACUCUCCUUCUCACAGUCACUCUCUCCUUCUCUCAAUAACUCUCUCCUUCUCACAGUCACUCUCUCCCUCGCUCUAUAACUCUCUCCUUCUCACAGUCACUCUCGCCUUCUCUCUAUAACUCUCCUUCUCACAGUCACUCUCUCCCUCUCUUUUGCUCUCCCACCCACUCACUCUCUCUUUUCCCCUCUCUCCCAUACAAAGUAGGAGUGCGACGAUCUGUGCGAUGGAGGCCAAGCUUCAGAUGAUGGAGGAGAACCCAGAUGGAGAGGAGAUACCAGGGCCCCUCAGCCUACAU